UGAAAUAAUGGCGACAUCAUCCGACAAUACUGCACCGGAUGCUACUUCGAGACCACUUAUUGUAGUAGCAUUAGAUUUUGGAACAACGUAUUCCGGGUAUGCUUUUUCUUUUAUUGAUAAACCUCAUGAAAUACUAACCAAUCAAGUAUGGAAUAGUCAAAAAUACCACCUGGCGUCCAUUAAAACACCAACAUGUUUGCUGAUAAACAAGACACAAAAAGACGAUUACCGGUUUGGAUACGAAGCUGAAGAUGAUUAUUCAGACAUGCAGACAGAGGAAACAGGGGAAGCUGACGAGUAUUACUUCUUUGACAGGUUUAAAAUGGAACUUCAUGUACAACAGGACGUUUCAGAGCAAAUGUUGUUAUACGAUGUGAAAGGCCAAUCUCUAUCAGCGAUAGAAGUGUUUUCAACAGCCAUAAAAGCACUCAAAGAUCAUCUAAGGACUAAUCAUAUAGAGAAGAAUAUGAGGGACAUCAAAAUGCAAGAUAUAAAAUGGGUAUUAACUAUUCCAGCAAUAUGGAGCGCAAAAUCAAAGCUCUUUAUGAGACGAUGCGCAGAAAGGGCUGGUAUACAGAGUAACAGACUAUGUUUAGCCUUAGAGCCUGAAGCAGCGGCGUUAUAUUGUCAGCAUCAAAAACGCACUAUUGACGAAUAUGAAGUGAGAAGCAUUGCAAAGAUAGACCAAGGAUCAAAUUAUUUAGUAAUUGAUAUUGGAGGUGGAACCAUAGAUAUUGUAGCACACAAGAAGUUAAUACAUGACAAAGUUGAAGAAUUAUGUUCAGCAUCAGGUAACCACUGCGGAGGUACACGUAUCGAUCGGGAAUUUAUGGAAAUGAUGGAAACUAUCGUUGGAAAAAAUGUGAUGGAGGGACUUAAAAAGGAAUAUACUUUGAAUUAUUUAGAUUUCAUGCGAAACCUUGAAAUAUUUAAAAGAGGUGUUGGUAAUGUGAAAAAGUCAACAAUCAAUAUGUCUAUACCACUAACGGUAUUAAAUGAUCUCUGUAAAAAAUUUGACAAAGGAUCAUUUUCUGAAGCUGUUAGUCAAUCAGCUUAUAAAAACGAUUUGAAAAUCAAAGGCAAUGUACUACAGGUCAAAAUGACACUUGCAAGAGAAAAAUUUAAAAGCAUAACUGACGAAAUAGUGAAAGAAAUUAAAAAUGUACUCACACGUGUUGAAGGUUCGACGAUUGAUACGCUUUAUGUUGUUGGCGGAUGUUCGGAAUCAAGUAUAAUACAAGAGGCUAUAAAGGAUUCUUUUAAGGACAAACGAAUAGUUACGCCCGAAGAACCGACCCUCGCAGUUUUAAAAGGCGCUGUUUUAUUUGGUCAUACACCAGACUUUGUUUUAUCAAGGGUAACAAGGUUUGCAUAUGGACGACGUAUACGUCCUAUUUUCAACGAGUUGGAACAUGAUACCAAUCGAAAAGUAGAAAACGAUGGAGAGUUCCGUUGUAUAAAUGUCUUUGAUCUCUUAAUGAGAAAGAAUACACACUGUGCAGUGGGAUGCACACACUCAAUAGAAUAUCACACGUAUGAGAGAAACCAGGCUAAGGUAACAGUCGCUGUUUACGUGUCGAAAAAUGAUGAUACUAAGUAUAUAGAUGAGGAAGGUUGUGAGAAACUUGGGGAGCUUGUAGUAGAUAUACCAAACCCAACAAGUGAAAGACGAUAUGUUAAUGUCGAUUUCCAGUUUGGUGGAACGGAACUGGUUGUCACAGCUACUGUGGAAGGAGAAAUGACGCCGUGUACUGCACACUUUGAAUUGAUAUAACCAGUUAUAAGAAACCAUGUUUGAAAGUAAGAAUGCAGUCAAGCAAUGCUGCCCAUUCCAUGACAAACAUUCUGUUCAAAAAUAAUAUGAACUAGACUCCCAAACUAGGUUCAUUUUAGAAUAUAUGAUACUUAUAGAUGAUUGUUGAUAAUCUGAACGAGAUUGGUUUUCUCGCUAGAGUCGGUACAGACCAAUGAUACUCUUUCGAUCGCUAUUUUAUCUACGACACCAUUGUAAAUUCAUGUUAAUUGCAUCAGCAACGCCAAGUUUCGAGCGAUAAUUUUCCAUCUCAACCGAUUAGCAUGAUAUGAAAAAUUAUCACAAAAAAGAUCAAAAGAAAAAUGCACAAAAUAGCAAUAAAUUAACUUUCUAUUAGUUAAUCCUUUAGGCAUCUUCUCAACUUUGUCUGAUUAAAGGAAUUUCAAACUUUGUAUUAAUACCUUAAAAACGGAACUUGUCAGUUGAAAAUUUAGUUUAGGUUAGUAUGUGUUUUGUAUAAUAUGAAAUGAAUUCUUUUAAUUAGUUUGUAGAAGAUAAUGAUUAUCUCUCUUUAAACGAAGAAAGACAUUGUCAUCUUUGUACAAACUUAAGAUAUAUAGUUCAGUGUUCAAGGCUCAUAAAUCAAAGUGAUUGGUUUUAAUCAACUUGUUUAAUAGUCCGUUCAUUGUUUAUAUAAACCGGCACUUAUAUAAGUUUGAUCCUAACAAUUAUUAAUUGAUUGCGUGAUAUGAUGUGUCUGUGCCUUAAAGUCAUAAGAAACCUCAAAUUAAAAAAAAAAUGCAUAUGUUUUUUUAUAACUAAAUGGAGAGUUUUCAUUAUACAACUUAUGUACAUAUACUUUUUUCUGAGGGAAAUUCUUUAAUUUGUCCACAUUUUGUAGAAGUUUACUUAUUCUUUAUUGCUUGCUUCCAGGAAGCAAUUCGCCGACAUAUUUUCCGUGUGCAUAGUGACCCGAGCGUAACCCUCCUCGUAAAAAUCCGGUGAUCGCAAUACGCAUGGAUCUGUCAUUGAAAUAAACAAAUACCUGAUUAUACAUGUUAAACACGUGCUCAAUACCCAUGCUUUUUUGUGAUUUGUUUACUAUAAUGUGAUAAUCGAUAAAACUCGGCUUCAAAACACGGCAUUUAAUGAGCAGCCAUAUUUGUUAAAUCAUAACAAACAGAGAGAAAACAAAUUGACAAUUUUAUGAUAUAUUUGCGAAAAUAAUGAUCAAAUCGUGCACAAAGGACUAAGUUUAUGAUAUAUACAUACAUUGGUUCAAGAAUUGGAUAAAGAUUAUUUUUCACAACUCACUCGUUUAAUAUGACUUUAACUAACUAGCGACAUGUUUUUACAGUCUUAGAUCUUUAAACACUUUAACAGUCGUAUUAUUAUCGAUAAUAUUACCGAUUUACUUCUAUUUCCGACUGUGACAUUUUGUCUGACUACUGGUUGACAAGGCGGAUGACACAUACACAGCAAGAGACGCGGACCAAAAAAUGUGUGUCUAGAUGUUGUAUAAUGCAUGUUGUUUAUAAAAUUUGUGUACU